CUUCCGCUCAUUUCAGUUUCAUUUCUUCCUCAGGAGUGGAGGAGUUGACAAUUUAGAAAAGCAGGAGAAGCGACUUGGUUUGUGCCAAAAUGGCUAACGCUUACGCGAGGGUAAUUCACUAUGCUACCAGCGUCCUGUGUUCCAAUAAAGGGUCCAUGGACUAUUUACAACUGCACAGAAAAGUUUUCCAGCUCUGUAGGAUUUCGGAGGAGGAUUUUUGGUACAUCGUGCGAAAAUGCAGCAGGUUUGCUGUAGUGAAAAACACGAGCGAGCGGACUUGGGAAGAUGGGCUCAGUCCUCCUGACUGCACGAUUAUUGCUAAAACAUCCCUUCGCCUCUGCAAACAUUACACGAAACAUGAGUGCUACGAUUGCCAGGAGCUUCACCUUUGUAAAUAUUUUGUUUACGGAAACUGCAGAUACGGGAAAGGAAGGAAGGAAUGUAAAUAUUCUCACAAUCUCAGAUCAGAUCACAACUACCCUAUUCUCAGAGAGUGUACCCUCCAUGAACUGAACGAAGAAGACCUUUUUCUCUUACUGCUGCAGAAUGAUCCUUCUUUACUCCCUGAGGUAUGUGUCCAUUAUAACAAGGGGACUGGGUUAUUUGGAGCUUGUACUUUCCGAAGUACCUGCACAAAGCUGCACAUCUGCCAGCACUUUGUCCAAGAUAACUGCAUGUUUGGCCACAAGUGCAAGAAGUCCCACAUGAUCGAUCCACAGGGCAGGAGAAUGUUAGAAGAACGAGGACUCAGUGGAGACAUUAUUCACGAUCUUCCCUUCGUAUACAGGAAUAUGUAUAAGUUGAAUGCACGCUCUAACUCGGCUUCCAACAGCAGAGAAGGGAUCAGUGAUAGCAUAGCCAGGCCUUCAGCACAAGAGGAUGAGAAGCAGGAAAUAUGUCUCCAUUACAUAAGGAGAAACUGCACUUUUCAAGACCAGUGUUAUCGGGUGCACUUCCAUUUACCCUACAAAUGGGAAGUGUUUGACGGGACGUCCUGGAGAGAACUAAGGCACAUGGAAGAGAUUGAGAGGGCAUACUGUGACCCCAGAAACACACAGAGCAAUGGGUCCCGGCCGGUAGACUUUCUGACUAUGACGAGAGAGUCGUAUCGUGUCCGACGCCUCUCUACGGCUUCCUCCAUCACCAAACCUCCACAUUAUAUCCUCACCACAGAGUGGGUCUGGUAUUACAAAGGUGACCAUGAAAACUGGAUUGAAUAUGGAAAGCCUGAUGACAAACAAAGAGUGGCUUCAAUCACCUCUAAGGAGCUGGAACUGACCUACCUGACGGAUAGCUCAGCAGAAAUUACGGUGGUUAAAGGUCAUCGAAAGUAUGUCCUGAGCUUCAGAGAUAUGUAUCAACGAAACCCAAAGCACAACACGAAGCGGAGGGUGAGAAGAAGGCCUAGAUUUGUUUCUGUGCAAGAUGUCGCAAAUAAGAUCUCACGGUAAAAGCACAUCCCCACAGUUUCACUAUAGAGGCCUGCUACAGAUUAGAGCACAAAGGUCCUGUUCCUCCAGAAUUCCAAAUGCUGUCAGAUUACUCUCCUCCACUUGAAAGCUGAAAAGCAGAAAAAUGUUUGAGAAUCUAAUCAAUCCAGUUCCCUCCUUAGGAGGGACACGGACCUGAUCUAGUCAGCUGUCCUCUCUAUUUUGAGAAAUACCUUGGCUUACAAAGCUUUCAGAAGAGAGAAGCUGUGCUUCUCUGCUAGAGACUACAAGUAAUAUGUGGAUGGACUGUUUAUGGGAGGAGGAGAAACUGCUCAUCACUGCUUGUUUCCUCUAAGAUUCACUCUCCUCAUCCUGCAUGAUUCCUAUAGAUCCAGCAUCAAUAGUAGCAGCCAAACUAUUUACAGACCUUUAUGUAACACUAUGUUGUUCAACAAUGCUUGGCAUUAACUCAGAGGGUUAAGAGCCUUUAAAACAGGUACAACAGUCUUAAGAGCAAAGCAUGCUUUAUAUUUUUACUGAAGUUAAAGGAACACUAUAGCUCAGAUGGGCGGCACAGUGGUUGUUAGCAUUGCUGCCUCUCAAUGUUGGGGCCCCAGGAUGCUGUCUGUGUGGAGUUUGCGUGUUCUCCCCAUGUU